ACGGCCACGGACGGAGAGAAAGCCGAAGACAGGGAGGACUGAGUCCCUAACCGCCAUCCUAGGCGUACCGCGCGCGCGCCGAUUCAAACCACCGACCGCAACAUUCUCGACCGAAAAAUCUCAUACUAAAUCGACUACAUCACCGACCGCCCUGCCGGCCUUCACCGACGCGGCAACAAGGGAAAAGGCUCCUCUACACCUCCCCCAGACCCUCCAAAACCGGUACAACAGCCGUCAACGACGACCGCAGGCGUUUCGAUCAACACACACACACCGAACACCUCCUACGCGGCGUGUAUAAUCGACCAACCUCUCCUCCUGCUCGUCCCCUGACGCAAGGCUUGCAUAAUCAUGUCGGAGACGACGGCAGGGAAGUGGUUCAACUUGGGAGGUGGCGGAGCGGACUCCCAGCCGGCGUCGUCGCAGUCUAGCCGCUUCCCGUCCAUGCCCAACGUCAACAUCCCGGGAUUCCGGAGGGAGCAGGAACCGACGCUAGCGAACGAGAUGUGCGAGAUGUGCCCGUCCCUGACCUUCCAGCAGCGGGUGGGGGGCUUCGUGGCCUGCCUCGCGCUGGGGUACCUGCUGUCCUUCCUCAGCACGGUCAUGCUCUGGUCCGGAGACCUGUCCUCGUUCGCGCUCAUCUACUGCCUCGGCUCUCUCAUCGCCAUCGGCGCUACCUCGUUCCUGAUCGGCCCUCGUCGGCAGUGCGGCAAGAUGUUCCACAAGAAGAGACGGAUCGCGUGCGUCAUCUACCUCGUCUUGCUCUUCGCGGUCAUCAUCUUGGCCUUCCUCGGCACCCCGGCAGGCAUCAUCCUGCUCGUUCUCAUCGUGCAGAUGUGCGCCGCCGUGUGGUAUACGGCCUCGUACAUCCCGUACGGCCGGGCGAUGAUCAAGGGAACGUUGUGUCCGUGCCUCAAGGACCUUGAAAAUCAAGAUGGGUAGUAGUACAUGCUGUACAGUAGUAAUCCAUUUAGUGACGAGGUGACGAAACCGUCAGUAGAGCUGUACAGCUUCUCUUUCUUUCCUUUCUUCUUUUGCUCUUUUGUUUUAUUUUUUGCUUUUUUGGGGGAUUUUUGUCUGUGCGUGGGGGUGGGGUAAGGUUCGGCAGGCUUUUUUUUUUUUUUUCGCUUUUUCUUCGGUGCUAGCUAGGGUUGCCGAGCACGCGGGACGAUGGUACACAGCUUGAUUGAGAGCAGCGUGUGCCCCUUCUAUGGAGCGUAAGGCGCACAGAAGGCAGGCAGGAAGCAAACAGGCGGGCACGCUGCACAAGAGGCGUGCUUACACUGGCCCUCAGCUAUCUAGCUAGCCGCGACAACACGGGUGCGCAUGUUUGAAUUGAAUCACACUUUCACGAGACAAACCUUGGUCAAGCUUUUGGCUGGACUGGCGUGCACGAAGGCCGUAAAUUUACGCUCUUCUACAACUUUUUCACGGACGGACGAAAAGUUGUGCACCUUUUACGACUUAUUGGCCGUCCUUUUCGUCAUGCGUCGAGGACCACAAGAGUGGUACUCCGCUGAAUGCGUGUCAGGAAAUAAAUAAUAAACACGGCGGGGUGGAAGUGGGCGUCGACCAAUGAGCGACGCCUAUUUCGCUGACUCUGUACCCCGCUCGCUCUU